AUGACGAAGAUAAAAGACAAAUUUUGGGAAUAUGCCGAGAAACUGAAUAACCGUUUCAAAUGUAAGUACUGCAAAAGAGAUUUUCCUGGAGGAGUAGCAAGAGUGAAGUCUCAUUUAUCGGGUAUUAAAGGCCGUGACAUUGCUGUUUGUGCACAAGUACCUGAGGAAGUACAAGCAUCUGCUGUUAUUGCAGUUGGGGAGGCCGGUGUUAAUGUUAGUGGGACUAAAAGAGCUAAAUCAUCUACUGGGAGUGUUGGGGAGAGCAGCGUUAGUGUCUGUGAAGAACCAAGAUUGCAACAAACUUCAAUACCUGCAAUGCUCAGCAAAAAGGAUAAAGAUGCGGUGGACAUGAAAGUAGCUCUUUGUUUCUUCUUGAAUAACAUUGCUUUUAAUGUUAUACAGACAACAGGGUUUAUUGAGAUGAUUAAGGCUGUGUCGGAAUAUGGUAUUGGAUAUUCAUUACCUAGUUAUUCUACUCUUCGAACUAAGCUGGUUGUUAAUACUAAAGCAGAUGUGGAACGUUAUGUAAAUGAAGUCAAAGAAUCUUGGAGUUUAACUGGAUGCACCAUCAUGUCAGACAUAUGGACAGAUAUGAAAAAAUGGUCGUUUAUAAAUGUGAUUGCUUACUCACCAAAAGGGGCAGUAUUCUUAAAAUCAGUUGAAAGAUCCGGAGAAUCGAACACAGGUUUAUUUAUAAGGGAGGUACUUUUACCAGUUAUUGAAGAGAUUGGUGCUGAAAAUGUAGUGCAAAUUGUGACCGACAAUGCUUCAAACUAUGGACUUGCUUGUAACCUGAUCAUGGAAGAGUAUCCCCACAUAAUCAAAUCAAAGUGUGCUGCUCAUGGAGUUCAAUUGGUAUUUGAGGAUAUAUAUGAUUCUGUUGAUUGGGUUAAAGAUAUUUUUCUCAAAGUAAGAAAGAUAUAUGACCAUUUCUAUAGGCAUAUCAUUCUUUUGGACUUAAUGAGAGAGCAUACCAAGAAAGAUUUGAGAAAGUAUUCUAAAACCAGGUUUGCGUCUCACUUUCUUAUGCUUCAAUCUAUUUUAGAUGUUGAAGAUGGUUUGAGAAACUUGGUCGCAUCGGUUGAAUAUAGAAACAUGUUGUACGACAAAGGAGCUGUUGCUGACAUAGUCAAAGAGCUUAUACAAGGAACACCAUUUUGGGAGGAUGGGAAAGAUCUAAUUUCAGCAAUGGAGCCAUUGGUAAAGGUAUUACGGUUAGUCGAUGGUGAUGGGUCAACUUCAGGCUACAUUUAUGAAGCAACAGAUAGAGCACGAAAGGCAAUUAAAGAACGAUGUGAAGAGGAUCCUGUUAAGUAUAUGCAUAUAUGGGAAUUGUUUGAAUUCAGAGCGAAAUCUAACCUGCUUCAUGAGGUUCAUGCUGCUGCCAUGUAUUUGAACCCUCCUUUCAUGUUUGAUGGAAAGAUUUCAUAUACUAAUGAAGCUGUGCAAGCUGCCUUGUCAUAUAUUUAUGACAAACUGAUUGAUACCACUGAAAGAACCAAGUUUUCGCAAGAGCUUUUACUCUAUAAUGGAAAACAUCCAAAGAUAUUUACAAGCAUCUCAAUAGAUCAAAUCAGUAAUUGUCAUCCAACAUGUGAACGUAACUGGAAUGCUUUCGAUGCCGCACAAACAAAAAAGAGAAACAGAUUGGCUCCACAGAUGUUGGAAGAUCUGGUGUACAUAAGGAUGAACUCGUUAAUGCUGAAAAAUUCCGUGAACUUUGAGUUAAAAGAUAGAGACCCAAUUAAUCUUGAAAAUCUCGCAGAGUGGGACACUGAACUUGUUGAUGGCAAUCUGGAUGAAGCUAUUGAUGAAGGUUUUGUAGCCGAUGCUCGAAGUGACCUGAAUGCUGCUUGGAUGGAUAGAAUGUGUAGCGGCAUUGGGACAUCUUCGAGAAUGAAUUAUCGUCAUCAGUAG